AUGCCGCGAUUCCCCCCAGGACCACCUCGCAAGAGCCCGAGCCCGAGCCCGACGCCCAGCACGGAUCUCGAAUCGCCCCCGGACAUGGACGAGGCGGUCGGCGACGGACUCGUCAUGGGCGAGCAGCGGCGGUAUUCACGCAAGCCGCGCCGCGUGAAGCGCUUCUUGGACGACUUCAAGCGAAACGAGUCGGAUCGGUUUUUCCCGCAACACCACCUCAGCCCGGCCAACUCGCGGACUCGCCACGCCCAGCGCGACUACGGCGGGCACUUCGCGGAGCUGGAGCUGGUCCAGUCCGGCCUCGCGCGGCGGUUAAAGGGCCGGCAUCUACAGAUGAUUGCGAUAAGCGGAUCAAUUGGAACCGGUCUCUUCGUGACGAGCGGCGCGGCUUUGGCAACCAGCGGCCCGGCGUCGCUCUUGCUGGCGUUUGCGGCCGCAGGCAUCUCCAUGUAUUGCACCUGCCAGGCUCUCGGGGAGCUGGCCGUCGUGUUCCCCAUUGCCGGGUCCUUUUCUUCGUGGGCGACGCGCUUCUUGGACGCGUCGUGGGGUUUCGCCCUCGGCUGGAACUAUGCCCUGCAAUGGCUGGUUUCCCUGCCGGUCGAGGUUGUUGCCGCCACCGAGAUUAUUGCCUAUUGGAACACGUCGCUGCCGCGGGCUAUCUUUGUAACUCUUUUCGUUGCUUUAAUUAUUGCCAUCAACAUGCUUGGGGUCAAGGGAUACGGAGAAGCAGAGUUUAUAUUCGCCAUCAUCAAAAUUACUGCCGCCAUUGGCUUCAUCUUGUUUGGUGUCAUUCUCAACUGUGCGGGUACUCCAGAACGCGGGUACAUUGGAUUCGAGUACUGGAGAAGCCCUGGGGCGUUUAAACACGGCGUCAAGGGCUUCUGCAGCGUCCUACUCAACGCCGUGUUCGCCUUCAGCGGGACCGAGUUGAUAGGACUUGCGGCGGCGGAAACCGCCAACCCCCGAAAAUCUCUCCCCAUGGCCAUCAAGCAGGUGUUUUGGCGAAUAUGCCUCUUCUACCUCUGCAUCAUCCUACUCAUCGGGCUCGUCGUACGGCAUGACGACCCGCGGCUUGUGGAUAAAGUCAAUGAAUCGGAUGCCAAUGCGUCGCCCCUCGUCAUCGCCUUCCAAGAGGCGGGCGUGCAGGUUUUGCCGUCGAUUAUUAAUGCCGUAAUUCUCAUCUCUGUUUUAUCCGUGGCCAACUCGGCCGUCUUUGGCUCUUCUCGAACUCUUGCAGCAUUGGGGGCACUCAGACAAGCCCCCAAGUUGCUGGCAUACGUCGAUCGAAGAGGCCGCCCGCUCAUGGCGAUAGGCGUGGCGGCCGUCGUCGGCCUCCUCGCCUACCUCGCUGACCUUGAGGAAAGAGAUAAAGUCUUGGAAUGGCUGGUGGGCAUUGGAGCCUUGUCGAGCGUUUUUACGUGGGGAACCAUUUGUCUCUGCCACAUUCGAUUUCGCUCUGCAUGGCUUUCGCAACGACGCGGCCUCUACGAACUUCCAUACCGCUCUUCUGUCGGCGUGGCAGGGUCGUAUUUCGGCCUGUUUGUCAAUGUCGGCAUUAUUCUCGUGCAGAUUUGGGUUGCCAUUGCUCCAAUUGGUUAUGAGACAUUGGCCAGUGUGGAGUUGGCAAGAAAUGCGGUACUAAAACUGUUGAGUGGUGUCUUGAUGCUCAUCUUUUUUGUGGUCCAUAAGAUUAUCCACGGGACUAGAUACGUGCGGCCUGGGGAGGUCGACCUUGAUACAGGGCGGCGGGACUAUAACGUUCUUCUUCUCGAGUCUCUAGAGAGAGAACAAAGGGCCAUGUGGCCAAGGUGGAAAAAGAUUUACAAGUUUUUGUGCUAG